CCCAUAUAUUCGUUGGAUCAUGACGUUUGGGUCCUUGGGAUGUCAAUAAGAGUCUUUCUCUGUUCGGUUUUGAGAGUAAACGCAAUUGGUCGGGUGAGGCAAUCAAACGCAAUCGUCCGCCACGGAUUAUCGCCAACUCUGAUCUGUGAAUAUCUUACGCAGCCACUGGUCAAUCAUACAUAACAACUUGCUCACUGAUCAGCCUGUCACAGAUACAGACAUAUGGAUUUGAAGUUUUUUGCUUCCUAAGAAGAAAAGCCUCCUGGAAAUCUAGCAGACAACGACAGUCGAGUCGAAACCCAAGUAAGACGUUACAGGACUCAAAACAAAGGUGCUGUCUUUCAUUUUCAAAAGUUCGGUAACUUGGAAAGAACGAUGGAGAAGCAGAUCAGAGACCCAUAACCCAUUCCAUUAAAUUCGAGAUACCAAAUUAUAUAUUGAACGUCCUCACCUUUCUUCUCACCUCUCACCACCACCGAUGGCUCAGCACGAAGACAAUGGCCGAACCACCGCUGCGAGGAGAGGCUUGAAGCGAAAGCUGGAGCCUGAAUUCGAUGACCGGAAGGAGGAUGCCAAGGUUCUCGCUCUCGAAGCCAGCGUGCAUCGCCACGUUAACAUCCGUCAUUCCGUUGUGGAGGUACCCGGAGAAGUCCAUUCAAAUCCAGCCAUAACAAGCACCUCCUUUUCCAUGGCUUCUCAAACUCUUCCUUCACCCUGCCCAAGUAUUUGCAAUUAUGACGUCUUUCUAAGUUUUAGAGGAGACACUCGCAAGAAUUUCACUGAUCACUUGUACUCCGCCUUAUUGCGAGUUGGAAUUCAUACAUUUCGAGAUGAAGGAGAGCUCCCCAGUGGGGAGGACAUCUCUACCGAGCUGCACAACGCGAUUCAUGGAUCAAAAAUUUCCAUUGUAGUUUUCUCAAAAGGCUAUGCUUAUUCUAAGUGGUGCCUUAAUGAGCUUGUCGAGAUUAUUCACUGUGCAGAAACUAGAGGCCAAACUCUUCUUCCUAUAUUUUAUCAUGUGGUCCCCUCGGAUAUCCGAAAUCAAACUGGAACUUUUGCAGAUGCAUUUGCUAGGCAUGAAGAGCUAUUUCAAAAUGAUAUGGAAAGGGUGGAGGGGUGGAGAGCAGCACUUAGAGAAGCUGCUUCUCGAAAAGGCUGGGAUAUCGAGCAAGCGGAAAAUGGGUAUGAAUCAAGAGUCAUAGACCAAAUUGUGAAAGAAGUUUUAAGUAAAUUGAAGCCAGCUGAGUAUUUGGAUGUUGCCAUUCACCCAGUAGGAGUCAAUUCACGUGUUGAAGAGAUGAAAGCUUUAUUAAAUGUUGAAACAAGUGAUGUUCGCAUUGUUGGCAUCUAUGGGAUGGGCGGGAUUGGUAAAACCACGAUUGCAAAAGCUGUCUAUAACCAAAUACGUGAUACAUUUGGGGGAAGCAGUUUUCUUAUGCAUAUCAAGGAAAAGUCUGAACAGUUCAAUGGCUUGGUUGGUUUACAAAAACAACUUCUUUGUGAUAUCUUGAAAAUGAAGAAAUUUAAGAUUGACAGUGUUGAUAGAGGAAUCAGAUUGAUUGAAGAAAGAAUUCAAGACAGAAGAGUUCUUGUUGUUCUUGAUGACGUGGAUGACUUGGAACAAAUAUAUGCCUUUGUUGGACGACGCAAAUGGUUUGGUCCAGGAAGUAGAGUCAUUAUAACAACUAGAAAUGAACAUUUGCUGACACAAGCACAAGUGAAUGGAAAGUAUGAGGUUAGAAAAUUGGAUAGGUUUGAAUCUCGUCAACUUUUCAGUUGGCAUGCCUUUGGAAUGGCCCAUCCAGAAAAAGAUUACCUAGACCUUUCGGUUAGUGCUGUGAAUUAUGCUGGAGGACUUCCAUUAGCUCUUGAGGUUCUAGGUUGUUUUCUAUUAGGAAGAAGUGCCAUUGAAUGGAAAAGUGAGUUGAAAAUAUUACAAAAAAUGCCUCACGACAAGAUUCAUAAAAUACUUAAAAGAAGCUUCGAUUCCCUAGAUCAUGAUAAAAAGAUGAUAUUCCUCGAUAUUGCAUGUUUCUUUGUCGAUUCAGACAAAGAAAACGUCAUUACAAUACUUGAUGGUUGUGGCUUCUCCUCCAUAAGCGGUAUAAACAUUCUUGUUCAAAGGGCCCUCCUGAGAAUUGACGAUCAACAUAAUAAGUUAGGAAUGCAUGAUUUGAUUCGAGAUAUGGGAAGAGAAGUUGUUCGUGAAGAAUCACACCAAUAUCCAGGAAAGCGUAGUAGAUUGUGGUUUCGCAAUGACGUCUCGAGUGUAUUGCACAAACAUAAGGGAUCGGAUGCAGUGGAGGGUCUCAUCCUAAAUUUACCACCCGAGCUUAAGGUAGAACAUCUGAAAACGGAAGCAUUUGCAAAUAUGCAAAAUUUGAGACUACUACAAAUCAAUGGUGUACAUCUCACAGGAAGCUACGAAUAUCUUUCCAAAGAGCUAAGAUGGCUUUGCUGGCGUUUCUGCCCUCUGGAAUUUCUUCCUCAAAGUUUUCAUCUGGACAACCUUGUUGUUCUUGACAUGCAGCGUAGCAAUCUCAAACAGAUCUGGAAAGAGAACAGGAAACUCAACAAUUUAAAAGUUCUUAAUCUCAGCUAUUCCAGAGCUCUCAUAAAAUCGCCAAACUUCUUACAAGUCCCACAUCUGGAGAUACUAUUACUUGACAAUUGCAUAAACUUGGUUGAACUACAUGAGUCUAUUAAACAUCUGAAAGGGCUGGUCAGGCUGAGUUUAGUAGACUGCAAGAAAGUUAGAAAUCUUCCAGAAAGCAUUUCUAACUUAAAAUCUCUUGAAACUCUUAACUUGUCUGGCUGCUUAAAACUUGACAAGUUGCCAGAGAAAUUGGGGAAUUUGAUGACUUUAAAAAGGUUACUUGCAGACAGAACUGCUAUCAAGCAAUUACCAUCCUCCUUUAGUCUUUUGAAGAAUCUCAAUGCCAUAUCAUUAUUUGGACAUGAAGGAACUUCUUUAGAAUCUUGGUUGUCUUGCUUCUCAUCGUGGAUUUCAUCACCAAAAUGCUUGAACCCCGUGAAUUUGGUACGAGCUUCAGUUGUUGGAUUUUGUUCUUUGGGAAAACUAGUUCUUAAUAACUGCAACUUGUCUGAAGCUGAGAAUGCCAUUGAUCUCGGAGGUUUAUCUUCACUCCAAGAAUUGGAUCUAUCAAAAAACAAAUUUUGUAGGCUACCUCAAGGCGUCGGUCGCCUCUCUAAAUUAGGAAUGUUGCGUUUGAAAUAUUGUGCGUCCCUUCACGCAAUUUCAGAACUCCCUGCAAAUUUACGGAUCUUGAUUGCAAAUGGUUGCUCAUCAAUGGAAAGGCUCUCACUUUCACCGAGUUCACAAUUAAUUGGUCUUUCCCUCAAUCACUGCAACAAACUGCUUGAGAUCCAGGGCUUGAAUUUGGAAUCAAUUUCAUUCGUUGAAAUGAUUGGGUGCGACAAUCUACUACCCAAUUUUAGGACUAAUCUUCUCCAGGUUCUCUCUCCGUCAACCCAGAGUGUUGCUCAAAGACUAUUUUGCGUCCCUGGCACUAAGGUUCCAAAUUGGUUUAGCCAUCAAAGAAUUGGAUCUUCGAUUUCCUUUCGUGUACCUUCACUUUCAGAAGGUGAGAUUCACAUGCUACUUAUCUGCACUGCUUGUACAUUUCAUAUUCCUAAAAAAGCGACUAGGCCAAAUCUGGACGUGACAAUCCAUAAUAAAACCAGAGGCUUCGGGCAUGUUCUUGUGCCAAUAUCGUUUGACCAUUAUGCAGACAUUUCGCGUAACUUAUUCUUAUUCCAAGCCCCUGUGAUAAGAAAUAAGUUAAAGACGAUAGAUUUUCCAGAAAAAGAAAGAGAAAUAGAAAUGUUUAGUGGAGAGGAAAUCGAGGUGUCUUUCAGGAGCUUGAGCGACAUUGAGGUGAGCAAGUGUGGCGUUCAUCUUCUCCUCAAGAAGCCAAAUGUAAUAGAUAAUUAUGGAAGUAUGGCUCAAUAUCUCAGCAAUGAUACUGCUAAAGAUGAUGAAAUGCCUGCUGCAGCAGAUGAUAAUGAGGUAUCUUUCCCUUCUGAAGCCGAGGACUAAUGCCUACAAAGAUCAUUCAUCGGUAAACUGAGGGUUUGAGUUGUGCUACGGAUCAACCACUGUUCACGGCUGAUCCGUAGCACACCUUACGUGUGUCCCCUUUCAAGCAAAACGUGUGUUUUGCAUCAUCUGUGCAUCCCAUUCGAAUUUGAGAGCCCACAUCCCGUGAAACUAGAACGCCUCCCUCGCCUGGAACCAGCGUCGCCUUCCUCUUCCCAGCCCCACCUCGCGACGACGUCUCUCUGUUCAGCGGCGCCACCUCGCGACGUGACUCCGUCUGCCCAGCACCGCCACUCCCCGCGAGCUGAUUGAACGGAUCAAACCAGUGCACUGCUCCGGUGGAGCUCUGUUUGCCGCCGCCCCACCAUCAGCUUCGUAGGGGAUCAAGGGACUUGAUGAAGGCAUCCUGAGCAUGAAAGCAGGAGGAAAGCGUCGACUUUUCAUCCCAUGAUUAUUGUGGAGAUGGUGCAACCUAUGGUGCAGCCCGUGACCAAAAUCUACUUCUCUUGUGUAUGUUGUGUUGUGAAGGGGCUGCUAGUAUAGCUUAUCCAAUUUUGGAGAUGGUGAAGCCAUUUGGUGCAGCAGGUGACCCCAAGCAGUUUUUGUCGUGUAUGUUGUGUUGUGAAACAAGUGUUAGUGCAUGUUGUUUUGUAUGCAGUUGUGGAGAUGCACCUGGUGUUUCUUGUGUAUAUUGUAGACUAUGGGCUUUGUGUGCAAACACUUGUUGUGUUGUGAAGAUGCUGUGGUGUAGUUUGUGUGUGUACCUUGUGGAGAUGCUAUGCUGUAGUAUGUGGAGAUGCUGUGGUGUACUAUGUAGACUAGGGGCGUUGGUAGCAUCCACCAUGUGUACCUUGUGUAUAUACAGAUAUGUACCUGAAAUUCAAACUUAGAUGAAUUUAACAACUUUAUAUGAAUUUAUACUA